UUUCUGUCUCAGGUUCACUUUCAGAGACUUCAUUUUGAGACGAAGAUAAGACGGAUAACAUCCCUAUAUUUCCUUCGGACACAAGUUGGACAAAUUUGACAAGACUUUGGGACCCGUGCAGACCAGAAAACACACCUAUAUUUUCCUUCUGAGGAUAGGUGAGGGAAGGACGAAGUGCCUUGCUCAAGGGCAGCUUAACAAUAGCUGCCGAGGAAGAGGAGAGCGGAGGUUUCAUCCACUUUGUGAAGACUUCCUCAGACUGACUGCAAACCUGAAUCUGUUUUUUUUGCCUCAACUUUAAAUUUAAGGGCUUAUUUUGAACACAUUUGCGACUCUAGAGGAGACUUUUGGACCCUUGCAAAUCAGAAAACAUACUAAUAUCUUCCACUGAGGACAAGAGAGGAAAGUGAGGAAGUGCCUUGCUCAAAGGCAGCUGAGGAAGAAGAGGAAGGAACUUUAUUUUCCAGGCCUAAAUCAGAUUUCUCUGUCUGAAGUUCAGAUCCAGUGACUUCAGUUGGACGAACUUGUGACUAAAGACAAGACUUUGGGACCCGUGAAAACCAGACAACACACUUCUAUUGUCCUCUGAGGGUAAGGAGAAGAAAGGAGGACGUGCCUUGCUCAAAGGCAGCUCAGCAACAGGAGGAGAGCGGAGAUUUCAUCCACUUUUCCCAGAGUUUCUCUUUCCUUGUGAACGCGACCCUAAAUCAGGUGGAUCGUGGUCCUGCAGACUGAGCUCUAACCCAGCAUGGCAGACUGGAGCUUACUGGGAAACUUCCUGGAGGAAGUACAGGAGCACUCUACCUCUGUUGGCAAGGUGUGGCUGACGGUUCUCUUUAUCUUCCGGAUCCUGGUGCUGGGCACCGCGGCCGAGUCGUCGUGGGGAGACGAGCAGGAAGACUUUAACUGUGACACCGAGCAGCCGGGCUGCGAGAACGUGUGCUACGACCGAGCGUUCCCCAUCGCACACAUUCGAUACUGGGUUCUCCAGAUCGUUUUCGUGUCGACUCCCAGUCUGAUCUACAUGGGUCACGCCAUGCACACCGUCCGCCAAGAGGAGAAGAGGAGGAGCAGGGAGGAAGAGGAGGGAGAGGGGGGAGGAAGAGAGGAGGAUCCCGGAGGAGGGGAAGAAACAGGGAAGGAGAAACAGGGAAGGAAAGGAGACAAGGAGAGAGGAAAGGAGAAGAGUUUAGGUCUGUCUGCGGGUCGAGUUCAUCUGAGAGGAGCGCUGCUGCAGACUUACAUCCUGAGCAUCCUGAUCCGCAGCAUCAUGGAGGUGGUGUUUCUCAUCCUGCAGUACUUCAUGUAUGGAGUCUUCCUCCAUUCUCUGUACAUCUGCAAGGCCUCGCCCUGCCCUCACCCGGUGAACUGCUACGUGUCCAGACCCACGGAGAAGAACGUGUUCAUCGUGUUCAUGAUGACGGUGUCGGGCGUCUCUCUGGCUCUCAGCGUGUUGGAGCUGCACCACCUGGCCUGGAGGCACUGCUGCAGGAGUUACCUGUCGAACCGCCGUGCCGCCGCUUCAGGUAAAGCGUCUCUCGCCCGGCAGCUCUCUCCCUCUCUCUCCUCCCCCCCCCCCUCCACUCCCCCUCCAGACUUCAGCCAGUGUGUGAUUGGCUCGUCUCUCUUCCUGCCCCUCCCCUUCCCAAACCACCACCUGGCUGACCAACAGAACUCUGAGAACAUGGCGACUGAGAAGCACAAAAUGGCCGAAGUGAACAUGCUGCAGAUGAGCUGCUUCUCUCAGAACCAGAAUACCUUCAUUACUCCUGGCUGGCAGGAAGCUGGGAACAAUCAGAUCCAAGAUGGAGGAUACCUGAGGACAGACACUACCUCCUAUCCCCCAUCAGGGAGGGACGUCAGCGGCGCUCAGAGCCAAAAUGGCGGUGCAGGCGGUUUGAUGAAGUGUCCGAACGGAGGAAUCUGUCAGAAGGACAAACGCAGAUUCAGCAAAACAAGUGGAACGAGCAGCCGCACGAGAACAGACGACCUCUCGGUGUAAAUGGAGAAUAUUAAACUACACAUAACGGCUGAAUAAACAAAGGUCAUACAACUGGAGGAAUCGGGGCUUAAACUGAAACACUUUUCUCAGCCUCAAAAAUGACUUUAAUUUCCAUAUUUUUCUCCAAACUUCGACACAUUUUCUGCUCCGUAAACUUGGACAUAUUUGGACUUGAACAUUCAACUACAGACAACUGCAGAAUAAACUGGGAUAUAUUUGACCUUUAAUGCAUCAAAUCAAAGGUCAUUGAAUACAGCUGGAGGAAUCAGGACUCACUCUGCCGGUCAAAAAUGACUCUCUUAUUCCAAAGAACUGUCUUUUUCAUUUCCAUAUUGUUCUCCGAACUCAGACACGUUUUCCGAGCACUACAAAUAUUUGUUCUUCCACAAAUUCUUUAAACAAUACAAUUUAGCAUUUUAGGAGGUCUUUUGUUUGCCUUUUUAAAGAGUCCCUAUUCCUCUUUCUGUGGUAUUCCCUCUCCUGUAGUGUGCUCUAUAUGUUUUAAUGCAUGUAAAUGGUCUGCAAAGGCUAACUGUCUUUUUUUUUACUGUAACAGAAACAAAUUCUUGCAGAAAUACUGAAUCUUCAUCUGCAAUGUGAACGUGUGUCGGCAGGUUUGAGCUGAUGACUGGUUGCAAAUCACUCAAAAGAAGGUGGCAAACAUGUCUCUUUAAAAUAUGCUUCAUGACAAAUGUUCCUUCUGAAGAUAAGCAACUAACGGGAUGAAAAAAGAAGGUUCAAGAGCUGUGCAUCCUACCACAAAGCAGCCGUCUGUCUAAUGGAAAGCUUUUCAACUUGUUCACCAGUAAAGUGCCUCAAACUACUUUCUUAUAUUUCUGUGUUUCCAAAGAGCACCAACUUGAGGAAAGUCUUCCAAGCCGACUUUAAUGUUUGUUAUUUAGUGCCUGUUCUCUACGUCUGACUGAUUUACGGACCCCUGAACUGAACAUCUGUAAAAGUCACAACACUGGAGGGCGUUUGGGAACUUUUCACCCUUUAAAGCUCAAAUAUGAUCCUGUUUCUCAUCAAUAUCUCACAGGUCUCAGAUACAGAACCUGUCUCUGAAGUGUUUGGCUGAAACUCCGUAAAUGUCCUGUAAUUAUUGUUACUUCUAGGUUUGUUUACUUUAUCGUCAUUUUCACUGUGUUUUAAAGAGUCUAAACCUGUUUUAUUUUGGGUUUCUUCAAUUGUAUUUCUUGUUUUAUCAGCAGCAGUGAUUGUUUUUCUACUGAUACAGAUGUGUGUCCAAUCACUGGAGUGCACAAAAUGCCUCUUUAAAGGAGGAUUUUUCGUAUUAUUCUUAGUAUUCCUUCACAUUUCAAAGUUAGGCUAUGUUCAAACUUGUCAUAUUGUGUUUGUAAUUUGUUGUUUUGGAUUUCUGCACCGUAUUAUUGUGAUAUAUCAUUAAAGGUCACCUAUCAUGCUAUUUUUAGGCAAUAGCAUAGGUCUCAGAUAUAU